AUGACAUUCGGCUACGACAUCGACAUAUUCAGUUUCACAUCGAUUACCUUCUCAGAUCGACUCUACGACCAUAGCCAAUCCCUGGCUUAUGCAAUAGUCAGCCAACGAAUCGACUGCUCAAGCAGACCGAUCCUAUUUAUCGCGCACAGUCUAGGCGGCUUAGUAUGCCAACAAGCCCUGAUCCUCAGCAACUCCAUAGACGGACUAUGGGGGAUAUCAUCAAGCGCCAUUGGAAUAAUCUUCAUGGGCACACCGCAAUACGGGUCUUCGCUCGCCUCCUACCGAGAGAAACUCGCAAAGGGCAUAAACAUAGUCCACACCGCAAACAAAGAUAUGGUCGGGGCUCUCCAUCCGGAUUCAAAUGACGUGCAACGAGUCGCGAACGAGUUCCAGUCUAUGCUCCGUCGCGGAGACCUCUCCCUCAAUGUCUUCUGUUUCUACGAAGGGAAGAACAUGAACGAUAUAGUGGGCAAAAUCGUUGAAGAGCACUCAGCUGUUCUGCGAGGCUAUGAGAACUGUAGUAUCAAUGCUGAUCAUUGCAACAUGACGAAGUUCAGUGGUCACGCGGAUGGGGGUUACGGGCUUGUUCGGUCGAUCAUUACCGGGUGGUUGCAAGAGUUCCGGGAUGGUGAUGCUGCUGCGAACAAGUCUGCCAUAUCCGCUACUGUCUCUGGAAAUCCUGCUUGGUUGGGUUCUUGGACUCCAGGAAACUUUUGCUUCAAUCGGACUGCAAAUUCGCAAAGUUUCGCUCAGGGAUGUUACACGCAUGGCGAGAACUUUGCCUUCGACUGA